AUGUCCUCCUCUGGAAAGGACUUCGACGACGCGGACGGACGACGAAGGGACACCGAGACGAAGAAGAAGAAGGCAACGACAACGACGACAACAACAACAACAAAGGAUGCGUUGGAACGCGCGUUAUCGCGACACGAGAAAUACGUUUCCUCUUCUUCCGAGGGACGGUUCGCCGAAGAUCUAGGUAUACACCUUCUUUCGUUCUUUCUCUCUGCUGUGCAACGAACUGACUCGAAAUUCAAUCUCUUCAAUCUCUGUAAAGCGGAAAACAGAAAAGACGCGACGAGAAAAGUCGCCAAACUGACGUCCACGUUAGUCUCCGGCAUCAAUCGAGGCGUCUUGGAGGUGUUUGAAAACCAAAAAGAAGUCGAGAAAGAGGCGAAAGUGUUGCAGAAAAAAGUGGACGCGUUCAAGUGCGAAAGCCGAACGUGGGUGAAGAGUUUACGCGACUUCGACGAGUCGUUGAAAUCAAUCGGAGAUUUUGAGAAUUACGUGAUGACGCUGGAAAACGAGUUAAAAGGAAUCGCCGAAGAACUGAAGAAGAGGAAAGAGCAGUGA